AUGGGGACGACGACUUCGAAAGAGGAAGCGUACGAGUCCGCGUCCACAUCGGAUCCGGAGAGCGGCGCGGAGCGGCCCAGCGCCGAGGAUGAGAUCGCGCGCGUGUUACGCUACCAGAACAACUACUACAAGGUCCUCGGUCUGGACCCGAGGACGUGCACGGCGGCGCAGAUCAAGCGCGCGUACUACAAGCUCGCGCGCGUCAUCCACCCGGACAAGUGCCGGCAUCCCAAAGCCACCGAGGCCAUGGGCGUGGUGACGAGCGCGCACAGCACGCUGACCAACAGCACGUUGCGCGCCGCGUACGACAUGUACGCGUCGCAGACGGACGUGGACAAGGCCGGGGCGGACUCGUUUCACCAGUGGGAGAGCAAGGGGGGUUCGCAGAUGGCGCAUCUGCCGCCGUGGCUCGUGCACUGUCUCGCGCACCCGAUCCUCGGCCCAAUCACCAUGUUCUUCAUAUGGCUGCUGCUGCUCACCGCCGCGCUCGUUUUCCUGGCGCUCUUCCUGUGCUACAUGGUGGUGCACAUGAUAUUCUGGUUCCUGUGCUGCUUCGGGUGCGGCGGGCACUGCUGGCCGAGGUACGGCGAGGGGGCUCGGAUCCACGCCAGGCGUCAGGAGCGUUUCAUGCGCAUGCUGCACGACUACGAGGCGGAGGCGAUGAUGGCCAAGGCGAAGGGGGAGCCGAUGCCUGACCCGAACGUGUUCUUUCAAAACUGGAACAUCGCGCACCCGGAGGUGGACGAGGACGGGGAGGUGCCGUUCGCGAGCGCGGCGCACGGCAGGAACCAGUACGGGUCCAUGUCGUGA